AAGGGGCUCCGCAACUCCCGGCAAGAAAGUGCUCUUCGGUGGUCCCCUCGGGUCCCGCUGCUGACUGAGAUCGGGAAGGGGAUCCGCGCAGCAGAGAAGCGUCCCGACCCCCUGGAGCAAGCGGGGGGAGAGCUGCGCAGCCGCCGCAGCCGGGGCAGGAGCUGAUGGGGGUCUCGCCCGGGGGAGGGAGUCGCGACCACCUUCGGGCUCCCCCCGUCCUUAUUUGCCAACCUCCAGAGCUCGGGGCAAAGAGCAGGCGGCUGAUGCCCAGCCGCUCGCAAGGCGCGGGCUUCCUUGCCAGAAUGGGCGCAGGCUGGUGCUCCAGAGGCCCCUCGCGGAAGGGGCCCCGGGUGCUGAUCCUGGUGGCCUUUGGGCUUCUUCUCCUGCCCGGCCUGGCCAAGGGCAACGAGUAUGACUACGUCAGCUUCCAGUCCGACAUCAGUGCCUACCAGAGCGGGCGCUUCUACACCAAGCCCCCUCAGUGCGUGGCCAUCCCGGCUGACCUCCGCCUGUGCCACAGCGUGGGCUACGACAAGAUGGUCUUGCCCAACCUCCUGGACCACGAGACCAUGGCGGAGGUGAAGCAGCAAGCCAGCAGCUGGGUGCCUCUGCUCAACAAGAACUGCCACAUGGGCACCCAGGUCUUCCUCUGCUCCCUCUUUGCCCCGGUCUGCCUGGACAGGCCCAUUUACCCCUGCCGCUGGCUCUGCGAGGCCGUCCGCGACUCCUGUGAGCCCGUCAUGCAGUUCUUUGGCUUCUACUGGCCCGAGAUGCUCAAGUGUGACCAGUUCCCGCAGGAUGACGUGUGCAUUGCUAUGACCGCCCCAAAUGCCACGGAGGCGUCCAAACCUCAAGGCACUGCAGUAUGUCCUCCUUGCGACAAUGAGAUGAAGUCAGACGCCAUCCUGGAGCACCUGUGUGCGAGUGAAUUUGCUUUAAAGAUGAAAAUAAAAGAGGUAAAAAAAGAAAAUGGAGACAAGAAGAUCAUCCCCAAGAAGAAGAAGCCCUUGAAAUUGGGCACCAUCAAGAAGAAAGAUCUCAAGAAGCUGGUGCUCUAUUUGAAGAACGGGGCAGACUGUCCUUGCCACCAACUGGACAACCUCAGUCACCAGUUUCUCAUCAUGGGGCGCAAAGUGAAGACCCAGUACCUUCUGACGGCCAUCCACAAGUGGGAUAAGAAAAACAAAGAGUUCAAAAAGUUCAUGAAGAAAAUGAAAAGUCCUGAGUGCCCCACAUUCCACUCCGUCUUCAAAUGAUCAGAUGGUGCCAGGAUUGGAACAUUUCUUCUCUUCUCUUUGUUUUGUUUUGUUGCUGGCCCUGAACCUGCACAGACUUUCUUUUGGACUUGGUGGCUCAUACAUUUUGGCUCCUUCUGCCCUGGUGGACACUGAACUUUGAUCCCUUGUCGUUUCUUUCUCUUUGUUCCUUUAGAGCAGGGGUGGGCAACCUCCGGCCCAGGUCCAAAUGCAGCCCUCCAAGCCUCUCUGUCUGUCACUGGGGACACAUCUCCUCAGCCACGCACCCCUGCCCAGGCCAUCCUGGAAACGAGGAGACUGAGGGGAUAUGAGAGCCGUCUUCAAAUAUCUCAAGGGCUGUCACAUGGAAGAGGGAGCUCUGGAGGGUAGGGCUCAAACCAGUGGAUUCGAGUUACAAGAAAUGAGAUUCUGACUAAACAGGAAUAACUUUCUGACAGUAAGAGCUGUUCAACAGGGGAACAGACUCCCAUGAGAGGUGGUGGAUGGGGGCAGAUUUGGGUAAUCUUUGAGCCAGGCUAAAAUUUGGCACCCCAAAUGAAUCUUCUCAGUGAUGGAUCUUCUCAAUGUUGUGCCCCCUUAGCUCAGUGCCCUGUGCAGGGCACUGCCCUAAAUCUGGUGUUGCGUGGACUCUCCUUCUUUGGAAAUUUUUAAGCAGAGGUUGGAUGGCCAUCUGUCACGCAUGAUCUAGUUGAGCUUUCUGCAAUGCGGGGGGUUGGAGUCGAUGACCCUCUCAAUUCCUUCCAACUUUAUAUAUAAUUCUAUGAUUCUAUAAACCCCUGACUGAGGUGAUUUUGAAAGGAAGCACUUUCAGCAGAGCUGUGCUGGCUGCUCUCCAGUUUUCAGGGAGAAAUCUUCAAUGUCACUGGGGUGUAAGUUUUCACUAAAAAAGUAAGAUUUCUGAAUAACCUCCUUUUUCUGAUUCUGUCAUUUCUCCUGGCUAUUUCUUCAGUGACCAUCCAUGUGGAUGAUCCCACCCAGUAAGGAAUCCUGUGGUGAAUGGGAUAGUGUCAUAGCAAGAGGUGGCCAGUUAGAUUUUGCUGUGUGAUGAUGCCACUGUAGGUAACUGAGGGCAGUAUAACGGAAUAUAUAACUGAAUAGAAAUACAUCUCUCUCUCUCUCUCUCUCUCUCUCUCUCUCUUUCUUUCUUUCUUUCUUUCCUUUUGGCAAGGCAAAAACAUCGACAAAAACUGUGAGGUAUUUCAACUCAGCUUUAGUCUGUAAAAAAACAAAAACUCAGCUUUAGUCUGAGUGUCUGCAGGUGCAACAGGAAGUAAUGAGGACCCUAAGACCACCCACAUAUGUCAUGCUUACUUGAUGUGUUUUAAAUCAUUUCAUUGGAUCAUAGAGUUGGAAGUGAACUUAGAAGACUACCUAGUUCAGUCCCUCCCUGAAAGGCCGUCCAGCCUCUGCUUAAGAAACCCCUCACAAAGGGGUGUCCACCCCCUUCCAAGUCUGUUCCACAGCUUGUAACAUCAGGAAGUCCUUCCUAACGAGGGGUCUGAUUGUGUUUUGUUUUGGAAAGCGGGGAUUUGAUAGAUUCAUCUUUAAAUGGGAACUGAAUUGAAUUUCUCCCCUAAUCAUAGUUCAGUGUCCCCUGCCGGAGGACCCUCAUUAAUUCACAUUAGAUUGGUAGAAAUCUCUCCCCUUUGGCUCAUCAAUUCAGUUUUGAAAGAAGGAAGCUCAGAAGAGCUUCUUUCUUCUGACAAAAUUUCCACAUAGGUGGUUGUUGAAAGAUGGAGUUCAAUGCCCCAUCUGGCUCCUCUUCUGCUUCCACAGCUCGGCUAGUAUUUCAGCCCACAUAUCAUCACAUGAACCAGCAGAAGGUUGUGUGCAACCCUCACACUCUCCUGUGGAAUAAAUGGAAACACUUGGGUUCCAGUUGCCUCCUCAAGGCAGACGAAGGGAGGGGAGAACCAUGGUCAAAACAGUUCGAGAACCCCUGGGUUCCACUCCAUUUGUCCUGUGUGUUGCCAAGGCACAGGAUUAAGCAGAUAAAGAGUUAAUUGUUAAAUUGGCAGAAUGGGGGUAGAGUAAGUUUAAUAAUGCCAUAGUUCAGAAAUGACUGGUGUCUGUAUUUGGGGGGGGGCAUUCUUUAAAUCAGCCUUCCCCCAACCAUUUGUUUGACACUACAGCUCCCCUAAUUUCUGACCAUUGGAUUUGCCACCUAGGUUGGGGAGGCUGCUGUACACAAUGGUCUGAGGGCUCGGAGAAAGAAGUGCAUUUUGCUGCAGAAACAGAUCCUUCUGGAAUGUUCAUAGAAUUGUAGGGUUGGAAGGGACGAACCCCCUCCAGUGUGGGAAUCUUUUCCAACAUUGCCCAAUGUGGGGCUUGAACCCCAAAACCUGAGGUUAAGUCUCAUGCUCUAUCCAGGGGCGAAGGAAGGCUCUCCGGCACCCAGUGUGGGGUGUCGAGGGGCGGGGCAAACCGCCCGGCAGUGCAUGCGCGGCACUGAUACACUCAAGCGCCGUACGGAUGGCGGUGGGAUCUUCUGCUCACGGCGGCGGGACGAGCACCCCGCGGGGUACCUUCUUGUCACCCCCCUCAGAGAUGGCACCCAGUGUGGACUGUCCCCUGCCCCCUUCCUCCGCCACUGAGCUGUCCCAGGUGCCAUCCAGCAUUAACGGCCUCACAAUUAUGGAGCACACCAUGCACUCAGGAACAGCAUAUUACAUACCAAUAUAAUUUUUACAUUUACAAAUUGCUUAGGGAAAGCAAAAGAGAUGUGUAGCAUUAAAGUAUGGAAUAUGUAUUGCAACUUGAAAACAUUUUUAUCGUCCUUAUGAAUGAAGCUUUUUACUGCAUACUGACUUCACUUUUGACAGCAUCACCAGAGGCUAGAUGAACAUUGCUCUGGGGGCUGAAAGUGGCCCAUCCUUGUUCUAGUUAUUUACUGAAAAGUGUAAUCUAAUGAACUGUUGCUAAUUAAUGUGUCAAGUUACUUUAGCUGUGCUUGGACCUUGCUGGGUUCCUUUUUAUUUCCCAGGAGGGAGAAGUUACAUGAUUGUUUAUAACCCCUUUCCUUGGAUUUUGUUUUUGGUAGCUUUUUCUAGUUUUAAAGUAUGCUAUUUUCUUGUUUCCUGAACCCCACCCCCUCUUAAAUUCAGUUAUUUUGUUGUUAAAUGUGAGAUAUGUUGAGGUUUAAGAAUGGAGUUUGUGCUUUUUUCUUCAUUAUUCUAUUAAUAUUGAUUUUCAUAAAAAUAACAGAACCCAAGAAGCAGAAAAAUACAUCCAAUGCCAUAUGGCAAUCUUUUUAG